GCCACACGCCAUACGCCACACUCCCAAUCUCCUCCCUAGUCAGCUUCCACUUCCGUUGUUGGAUCUCGGAAGUCCCCCGCUCUCCACUCUGGAGUUACCGGGCGUCCCACCCCACUCCACCCCAAUAGGAAGCGAGUAGACCACAGGUUCCGCCCAUAGACACGAUGGCGUAUUUCGGCUCUCUUUCCCCUCCUGCCCUUUCUCUUCUCUCCGCCGGCAGAAUCAGCAAGGGAUUAGGAGGUUGUCACCUGAACAUUAUGAUAAUGUGACGAUUAGGAUGCAAUCAUGGCUACUCUCUGUCCACCACCAUCUCCAGCCGUUGCCAAGACUGAGAUUGCUCUAAAUGGUGAUUCACCCUUAUUAGCAGCUACUUUUGCAUACUGGGACAACAUUCUUGGCCCUAGAGUAAGGCACAUUUGGGCUCCCAAGACACAACAACUGCUUCUCAGUGAUGGAGAAAUAACUUUUCUUGCAAACCAUACUCUAAAUGGAGAAAUCCUUCGAAAUGCAGAGAGUGGAGCAAUAGAUGUGAAGUUUUUUGUGUUGUCUGAAAAAGGAGUAAUUAUUGUUUCAUUAAUCUUUGAUGGAAACUGGAAUGGGGAUAGGAGUACAUAUGGACUGUCAAUAAUACUUCCACAAACUGAACUCAGUUUCUAUCUUCCUCUUCAUAGAGUGUGUGUUGAUAGAUUAACACACAUCAUCCGGAAAGGAAGGAUAUGGAUGCAUAAGGAGAGACAAGAGAAUGUCCAGAAGAUUGUUUUAGAAGGAACAGAAAGAAUGGAAGAUCAGGGUCAGAGCAUUAUUCCAAUGCUCACUGGAGAGGUUAUUCCUGUAAUGGAACUCCUUUCAUCUAUGAAAUCACACAGUGUUCCUGAGGAAAUAGAUAUAAGUGAUACAGUACUAAAUGAUGAUGACAUUGGGGAUAGUUGCCAUGAAGGUUUCCUUCUCAAUGCCAUCAGCUCCCACCUACAGACCUGCGGCUGUUCUGUAGUAGUAGGUAGCAGUGCAGAUAAAGUGAAUAAGAUAGUGAGGACAUUGUGCCUUUUUUUGACUCCUUCAGAACGAAAGUGCUCCAGACUUUGUAGGAAUGAGUCUUCAUUUAAGUAUGAAUCUGGAUUAUUUGUACAAGGCCUUCUCAAGGAUUCAACUGGAAGUUUUGUGUUGCCCUUCCGACAAGUCAUGUAUGCCCCAUAUCCCACUACACACAUAGAUGUGGAUGUUAAUACAGUGAAACAGAUGCCACCCUGUCAUGAACAUAUCUAUAACCAGCGUCGUUACAUGAGAUCAGAGCUGACUGCGUUUUGGAGAGCUACUUCAGAAGAAGAUGUGGCUCAAGAUACAAUUAUCUAUACAGAUGAAAGCUUCACUCCUGAUUUGAAUGUUUUUCAAGAUGUCCUACACAGAGAUACACUAGUAAAAGCCUUCCUGGAUCAGGUGUUUCAUUUGAAACCUGGUUUGUCUCUGAGAAGUACUUUUCUUGCACAGUUUCUACUUGUCCUUCAUAGAAAAGCCUUAACGCUAAUAAAAUACAUAGAGGAUGAUACGCAGAAGGGAAAAAAGCCAUUUAAAUCUCUCCGAAACUUGAAGAUAGAUCUCGAUUUAACAGCAGAGGGCGAUCUUAACAUAAUAAUGGCUUUAGCUGAGAAAAUCAAACCAGGCCUACAUUCAUUUAUCUUUGGAAGACCUUUCUACACUAGUGUGCAAGAACGGGAUGUGCUAAUGACAUUUUAAAAGUGUAACCUUUUAAGUAUAUUUCAUCAUACUACCUUGAGUGCUGUUCAGAGAAAAUGAGUGUUAUGAAAAAUAUCAUUUUUUUGGUCAUGCAUCUAAAGCUCUGCUGUGCACUUUGAACUAAAAGUUAUUAUAUUGCAGUCUUUAUGAGAUAAAGUACUUUAUAAUUACUUUAUCAGGUACAUCAUAACAAAUGGAUCCCUUUUUGAUAUGCACUUUUUUGGAAUAGCCUUUUGUUUACAAUUACAAUAUUCUUUAAUGUUAGGGUGAUAUGUAAAUUUGACUAUAGCUGCUAUCUUCAAGAACCUUGCAAAUAUUUGAUUUAAAUUCAUCUCAGAAGGUUUUGUGUUAAUACAGUUGUUUUCCAAAUUAUUUUUCCAGGGGUUUUAGGUUGCUAUAAUAUUUUGUAUUCUGUAAAUCAACCAUUUAAAAAUCAGAGCAGUUUACUAGAAUCAUUUAUAGAACUAAAAGAAAAAGUGAACAUAAAUUAAACUUCAAAUAGAAAUAAAAUACUAAUCAAGCAAUUAUUAAACUUCAUUGAAAAACAAAAUAAUAAUCAGACUCCCUGAUUGUAGUGGGCUACCCUAUAUUUCUUAUUUUAUCAUCCAGGCUAAUUGAACUAUGAACAAAAUAUGGGUAUUUGAAAUUUACAUUUAAAUUGCUCUUAUGAACUUUUUAAUAAAGCAUUUUUCUUUGUUAAGUCAGACUAAAACAUUUGUCUUUACCUCCUUGAAAAUAAAAAUUGGAGGGAGAAUAUAAAAUGUUCCUAAAGUAAUUUAAUUUUCCCUUCACAUAUGCUUAUACUGAUCUUGUUUUUCAAUCAUUGUAGCUCUGAAAUUGUAAAAAAUUAUAUCAAAAUGCAUUGGUUUAAACCUUUUUGAUCAUUGAGAGCUUUUCUUUCUACCUGUUUACACCUUUGAGUUCAAAUUCAUAAGAGUUUUGUAGUAUUGUCUUUUCUGGAUCAAAUGGGAGAAAGCAAGAUGUAUUUUUUCUAUUCCUUUUUUUCUUAGGGUGCAUGAGUUUGUUUUUUUGUAAAAAGCAUUCUGAUUAACAACUUUAAAUGGAUAAUAUGAGUGCUUUAGAGGACUUGGGAUUUUGCCAGUUUAUGUUUUAUAUUGGAGUCUUUGAAAAAUUAACUUUGUGGUGCUAACAUUUUCUUUGCCUUUAUCCUUACCCCAGAGCCCAAAGGUGUUACCAUGCACAAUCAUAUUGUGAUACUUUAAUUUUUAUUCUAAGAAAGCCCUUUAUUGAAAUUUUUCUUAGAUUAUGAGAGAUUCCCUUGCUUCAUAAUUUGUUUUUCCUUUUGAGACCAUUUUGCCACUUAAUUUUUAAAAAUGGAAAGAUGUAAUUGAAAAGGAAAUAAAGUAUAUGUUUCUAAGUUGCAUAUCCUGGAAAGGAUGAUGUUAGGCCACAGUUAAGCACAUUAUACUUAUUUGGUUAUUCUUUCCACAUUCUACAUAUUCAGAACAUCUUCAUCAUGAAGAAUAGGUACUACUUUGACAGAAUUUGGAUAUUAUUUGAUUUCCUUCAUAUUUUGGGCCCUACUGCUAAAUUUACAAUAACUGAUUAACAUGUUUCUAUGUUCAGAAUAUUGUUGGCAUGAACAUUGUGCCAGUGCCCAAGAAAAUGUUUCCAUUUUAAAUUGUACUAGAAACAGUAAAAAGAAUAUUUAGAACAGAAACAAAAGGAUAAUGUUUGAGUAGACUUGCCAAGAAAAUUUUACCCACAAUGAUACAACUUGUUUUAAAAGUUAGAAAGUUUUUAUCAUCACAAAUAAUAGCUGUCAAAAUCUUGAUUUUUAGGCAGAACACUGAUUUAAAUACAUAAUGCACUAUAGCUCAGAGCUUUGAAUAAUUAAUGGACACUACUGUGUCUCAUAGCUCACUCAAAGCCUUGAUACUUAAUUUAAAUGCUGGAUUGUUCAAAUGCUGGGUUGUAUGUAUAGAAUUAAUAAUGUACAGUGAAAUAAGUUAUUAGAGCAUGUGCAGAUUCCAUGUUGCAUAUCUUGUUUUUCCAGGCAGGAGGAUUUUGAAUAAAAUGUCUUAGAAAUUA